AUGAAGCCCAAAACUUUUGCUCUCGCAACCGCUGGCGCUGUAGUAGCUGCCACCCUGGGCUAUGCCGUUUAUUUUGAUCAUAAGCGACGAAACGAUCCCGAAGUGAGAAAGCAAAUGAAGCGCGAGCGCAAGAAGGUCAAGAAGGCCGCCAAGGCUGCCGAGGACGAAGCCAAGCAAGGGAAGCUCAAGCUUAUUGACUAUGUAUUGGACGCCGUGGCAAAGGAGACUCUGCCAGCAACCGCUGAGGAAAAGGAAAAGUACUUUAUGACUCAAGUGGCUGCUGGCGAGCAGCUUUGCAAUGCAGGCGAGGCAUACUAUAACGAUGCAGUGUUGCCAUUCUUCAAGGCAUUGAAGGUCUACCCCGCUCCUUUGGAACUUAUCAUGAUCUAUCAAAAGACCGUGCCCGAGCCUGUGUUCCAGACAGUUGUCCAGCUGAUGGCACUAGAGCAAAACAAACGUCAGGCCAAGUUCUAUGAGGAGUUCCCGCCGAAGGAGACGCAUGUUCGCCUGGGUGAGCUUCCUGCUGGCGAGACUCCCGAGCACAAGCCUAUUGUCCGCCGUGGAUUGGUGGCAAACGAGGAUUUGAAGGAUGGUCAGACUAUUUAUACUGAGACACCCCUGGUCUCUGGCUUACACCCUGCUCUUGAGGGUGAAUACUGCAACUACUGUUUGAGAAAGGUGCCCGAAGAUAAGGUGACAUGUUCCAACUGCGACAAGGUUGCAUUCUGCAGUGCAGAGUGUGAAAAGGUCGCCACCGAAAACUACCAUCGCUACCUCUGCACCAACAACAAGCCCCAAGAAGGAGAGGCUGAUGUCUCUAACAAGGAGUUGGCCUUUUUCGAAUACACAAAGGAGAACAACGUCAAGUACUCGAGCAUGAUUGCGAAAUUUUUGAGCACCAUGGUUGCUGAAGAGAUGGAGCGCACUCGUAACGGCCAGUCGUCGGACAGCACCUUUAACUCGUGGGAUCACAUCGACCGUUUCCGCUACCUCGAUACCUCUGCCACCGAAAACACAAAACGUGAAAUUGAGAUGCUGAAGGAAAUGUUGGGUACCAAGGUCCAGGGUAUCAACGAGUUCUUGACUGAUGAAAUUUAUUUGAUGCUCAAGGGCAAAAUGCUCUUCAACGCAUAUGGUGUUAACAUCGGUGAAGACGUGGUUGUAUCAGAAUCGAGCGAGCACAUGCGCAAGACAUCUAACGACAAGAAGCCUGUCGGGGCCGCCCUUUACAAAAUCUCCACUUACAUUGGUCAGUCCGAAGCAGAGCCCAACGUCAAGGUCGUCUUCGGCGAUAACCAUGACAUUUCGGUGGUUGCCCUGAAAGAUAUUUCUAAGGACACAGAGCUGCUUGCCUCUUAUUCUUUGCCUGUCCCUGUUUAG